GCUGAAGUCUGCUCAAAAUGUCCCUGGUGAGCUUCUGGCCCCUGGGGAAGUUCAGGGGGGCAGGUCUGGAGAAGGGGAAGUGGGAAGGGAUGUGAAACUUGGCCACAGCCUGGCGCCACUCCUGCUGGGCAGCCCACAGGGUCCCCGGGCAGAGGGCAGGAGCAUCCAGUUGGAGUUGACAACGGGAGGCAGGGACAACAUGGAAGGCCCCCAGGGAUGGCUGGUGGUCUGUGUGCUGGCCAUAUCGCUGGCCUCUAUCGUGACCCAGAAUGUGUGCCGAGCACCAGACGGGAAGAACGGGGUGGCAGGAAGACCCGGCAGACCGGGGCGGCCAGGCCUCAAGGGGGAGCGAGGGGAGCCUGGGGCCCCUGGCAUCAGGACAGGCAUCCAAGGCCUUAAAGGAGACCAGGGGGAACCCGGGCCCUCUGGAAACCCCGGCAAGGUGGGCUACCCAGGGCCCAGUGGCCCCCUUGGGGACCGUGGCAUCCCAGGAAUUAAAGGUAUCAAGGGCAACCCAGGAAACAUCAAGGACCAGCCGCGGCCGGCCUUCUCGGCCAUUCGGCGGAACCCACCGAUGGGGGGCAACGUGGUCAUCUUUGACAUGGUCAUCACCAACCAGGAAGAGCCGUACCAGAACCACUCAGGCCGAUUCGUCUGUACUGUACCCGGCUACUACUACUUCACCUUCCAGGUGGUGUCCGAGCGGGAGAUCUGCCUGUCCAUUGUCUCCUCCUCAAGGGGCCAGGUCAGACGCUCCCUGGGCUUCUGUGACACCACCAACAAGGGGCUCUUCCAGGUGGUGUCAGGGGGCAUGGUGCUUCAGCUGCAGCGGGGUGACCAGGUCUGGGUCGAAAAAGACCCCAGAAAGGGUAACAUUUACCAAGGUCUUGAGGCUGACAGCGUCUUCAGCGGCUUCCUCAUCUUCCCGUCCACCUGAGCCCGGGAAGGACCCCUCCCCCACCCACCUCUCUGGCUUCCAUGCUCCGCUUUGUAAAAUGGGGGCGCUGUUGUUUCAGCUGCUGAAGGGAGGGGGCUGGCUCCGAGAGCCCCAGGACUGGCUGCCCCCGUGACACAUGCUCUAAGACAGCUCGUUUCUUAGAACUCUUCCUGGAAUAAACAUCUGUGUCUGUGUCUGCCGAA